GUAAAUUAGCAAAAUAUAGAUUCGGGGUUCAAUUUACAAGUAUGGAUAAUUUUGGGGGUUAAAUAUCAAUAAUAAAGCCUUUAAAUAAGUUUGUUUUCAAAUCAUUGUAAAUUUGUGAUGACCCUUCAUUCCCCAUUUGCCUCCUCUGUAGUCUGUAGAUACCAGUCGCCAUUUCUCAGUGCAAUCUUCAUUUGUUCAAGGAUUUGAAAGGAAUUCAUCAACUGGUCCUGUAGAUUAAACAAUUAAUUCAAAUUUCAGGUGACCAAAAUUCCUGAUCCUCUGAAAAGAAGAAUGCACCGAUUGAGGGUUGGAAAUUUUUUUCAAGCUUUGCCCUCUCCAGCUAUGAGACUAUUUGUACGAGAUUCUUGCAGUAAAUUGUUUGUCGGAGGACUUUCAUAUGACACAAAUGAACCUGUUCUAAAAGAUGCUUUCAGUGAGCAUGGUUCAGUUAUGGAAGUUAAAGUGAUAUGUGAUCGAAGGACCGGUAAAUCAAAAGGUUACGGCUUUGUCCAAUUUUCUUCAGAAAGUGAAGCUGCCACUGCAUUUCAGAAGAUGGAUGGUCAGUUGCUGGAUGGAAGAAAUAUACGUGUACACUAUGCAAACAGUGGAUUAAAAGAAAACUUAAUGCUUUAGUGAGCAUCUGGCUACUGCAAAGGACUAGAUGGAACUCAACUCGAAGUUAAGAGCAUGCUUGAAGUCGAUUAAAUUACUAAAAGACGUGUUUUGAAACUAAGGGUUUCAAUAACUGUUUGGUAAUCUGCCAGCUGCAGCGACAGAAGGAGUCUGUUUAUGAUUUUCUCCAAAAAUGUUUUUGUUUCGAUUGAACUAUCUGGCUGAAGUUGAGCUUAUGAAUCAGUUCUUACCGAGUUACAUUGUAAUAACCAUUUGCUUGUGAAAUUGUAUUUUUCCAUGAUGUUUCAGGAUC